UAUACAGUAUUUAUUAUGGAGGACGAUCUGAUGCCGGGCGAUGACAUUCACAUAGAGUCGGUUCAGCAGGGUCCACGACGGAGACAGCGACCGCCUGUGGAUACGUUGCAGGGGCAUCCCUAUCUAGAGUUUCCCGACGGCACUGACGCCGCCCGUCAUUGCCAGAAGCUUAGGAGGAUGCACGUUGGAUCGCAUGCAUCGAUCGACUGGGAUGCGAUGGAGGAGAUUGCUGAGACGCCGAGAGUGCGUCGGUUUAUACCUAUCGAUUCGCCGUGGCAUCGUCUUUUUGAUUUGGCGCACACGCCGACCUACAGGGAGCUGCUGGUCGAGUUCAUUUCGUCAUUCACAUUUCACCCUCCUGGGGAGCCAGUGCCGAUUCCGUACCCAGGUGCUCCCCCUCCGCCUGAGGUUUCUUUCAGGCUUGCUGGCGUUCAGCGUUCGAUGACGCUAGCAGAGUUUGCGGUGCGCUGUGGUUUAUACAUGCAGGAGGAGAUCGAGACUGAGAUCUACACAGCGGGGCUAGUGGUGGUUGAAAAACCCACUCUUGUUGGGUUUUGGCAGGUGAUUGCGGGGGCGGAUCAUUGGGAGCAUGACAAGUCGAAGGGGAGGGUGUCGUUUGUUAGCGACCCACUAUACAGGUAUGUACGUUUAUUAUUGCAAUUAUUGUGAUUAUAUGCACUGUUUAUUAAUCUCUGUUUUUGUAUUUCGCUAACACUAUCUGCAGGUAUCUGCACCAUUUGCUCGCCACUUCUAUAUCAGCGCGCGGCUACAGCCGUGAGUGGUGUACGACCACAGAUCUUUUUUUCCUAUAUUGUUUGUUGUAUAGGAGGCCGUGCGCGCUAGCACACGGUCUAGCCCAGUACUUCG